GCCAUUUUCUCAUCUCAUCUCUUUUAUUUUCUCUCUCAAAGAAACAAAGCGAAGGAGAAAAAUGAGAGAGAUCCUCCAUAUCCAAGGCGGUCAAUGUGGAAACCAGAUCGGUGCCAAGUUCUGGGAAGUGAUCUGCGGCGAGCACGGCAUCGAUCACACCGGGCAAUACGUCGGCGACUCUCCUCUCCAGCUGGAACGCAUCGAUGUGUAUUUCAACGAGGCGAGCGGGGGGAAGUACGUUCCACGCGCCGUUCUCAUGGAUCUGGAGCCUGGCACCAUGGAUUCGCUCAGAUCUGGACCGUACGGUCAGAUCUUCCGUCCCGAUAACUUCGUGUUUGGGCAGUCCGGGGCCGGGAACAACUGGGCGAAAGGUCACUACACGGAGGGCGCGGAGUUGAUCGAUUCCGUGCUCGACGUUGUGAGGAAGGAAGCUGAGAACAGCGAUUGUCUACAAGGUUUCCAGGUUUGUCACUCGUUGGGUGGAGGAACUGGAUCUGGCAUGGGGACGCUUCUCAUCUCUAAGAUAAGAGAGGAGUAUCCUGACCGUAUGAUGAUGACCUUCUCUGUGUUUCCUUCUCCCAAGGUCUCUGACACUGUUGUUGAGCCGUACAAUGCAACCCUCUCCGUGCAUCAGCUUGUUGAAAACGCCGACGAGUGUAUGGUUUUGGACAAUGAGGCUCUCUACGAUAUCUGCUUCCGUACCCUCAAGCUUGCUAAUCCCACUUUUGGUGACCUUAACCACCUCAUCUCGGCUACGAUGAGUGGUGUCACAUGCUGCCUUCGUUUCCCUGGUCAACUCAACUCCGACCUUAGGAAGCUUGCUGUGAACCUGAUCCCUUUCCCGAGGCUCCACUUCUUCAUGGUUGGUUUUGCUCCGUUGACGUCAAGAGGGUCGCAACAGUACAGUGCCUUGAGUGUCCCUGAACUGACCCAGCAGAUGUGGGAUGCCAAGAACAUGAUGUGCGCCGCUGACCCUCGUCACGGACGUUACCUAACUGCGUCCGCUGUGUUCCGUGGGAAGCUGAGCACUAAGGAGGUCGAUGAGCAGAUGAUGAACAUCCAGAACAAAAACUCGUCCUACUUUGUUGAAUGGAUCCCGAACAACGUCAAGUCCAGCGUCUGUGACAUUGCACCAACGGGUUUGAAAAUGGCGUCGACUUUCAUCGGGAACUCAACUUCCAUCCAGGAGAUGUUCAGGCGUGUGAGCGAACAGUUCACAGCUAUGUUCAGGAGAAAGGCUUUCCUUCAUUGGUACACAGGAGAAGGCAUGGACGAGAUGGAGUUCACGGAAGCAGAGAGUAACAUGAAUGAUCUUGUUGCAGAGUAUCAGCAGUACCAGGAUGCUACAGCCGGUGAAGAGGAGUACGAGGAGGAGGAAGAAGAGGAGUACGAUGAGGCUUGAGAUGCUGUUCAAUGCCUUCGUCUGAUUCAUAAGCUGUGUAAGUUGCAGUCGCGUUCUUCUCUCUGGGUUUCUUCUUUUAAAUAUCUCCUUUUUUUUUCCUUCCAGUUUAUGUUUGCUUUUGUCCUUGAAACACAAAACUCGUUCUGGAUUGUUAAAACGUUUGCGCGUAUUGCUUUAUUGUUUUUGUCAAGUGAAAAAUAUUUUAUUGCUUUUGUUCUUUCAAGUUUGAUGCUUUAUUGUUA